AUGGCUGUAGACAUCUGUGAAGGCUGGGAGCUAAUUGAUUCGCCAUUUGUGCGCCCGCCCCCUCGACAGAAGCGCGAACUCGACUGGCUUGUCCAAGAUCUCCGCGAAACCCUCACCAACGUCAAACAUGGUCUCGAAGACUGCUAUGCCUUGCUUGCCCCCAUAGACCCGGGCAGCACCUUGGUACUCAGCACACCACGGAACGAGAUUGUCAAGGGACACAUAACACGGGUCGGAACACGGAUAGUCAAAGGAACGAUUCACCUCCGUCUACGCACCCUCCCCCAACAAACCCUCACCAUUAACCCCGACCACCCAAUCCAUCUCGCGCCGCUCGUUACCUUACACACCCUCCUCACACACUCCCUCGACCUCCUAACCAUGACACUCUCCUUCACGUACCCGACCGAGUCCGAUUCCGCGUCCGCCAAAUCACGAUCACCAUCAUCAUCCUCAUCAUCUCCCCAACUCUCUUCCGCCGCGUUUCUGUCCUCCCAACUCCGUCUUCUCUCGCAAUCCAUCUCCGAAUCCAUCGCCAUCCUAAAAGGACCUCCGCUCGUAACAGCCGCCGACCCCUCCUGGACUACCAGAUCCAUCGCCUCUUCGCAUUUCGAUCCUCCCCUAACAGCCGCCACCGCCUCAAAUCAUGGUCUUGGAGCGACAUCAAUACCACCUAUAUCGUUCCAUCUAAGUAUCCAAGAAAGUAGCAUCGUCCUUUGGUUACGAAGUCUCGAAGCGGCCGACGCCCCUGUAGGGUUCGGCACCAAGCUCGCGUUCGCAAUCGGUACCGCACGGAGACUGGAGCAUGACGAAGCAGAUCGGGUGUUCGGCUUCUGUUGUGGUGGGGAGGGACAUACGGGUCCUGGAGGAAGUCCGGGGACGAAACUGACGGCUUUGGGACACACGCUGGGUUUGGCGAGGAGGAAUUUGGCGGCGGUCAUGGGAGAGGAGCUGGAGGAUUAG